CGAGCAGUAAAAUUUUGAAUUUCGUUCGCAAAAGGCAGCCAGUCCAGUCCAGUCCAGUCCAAUCCGCAGGAGCUGUAAUCGAAUGGGAGCCAUGUUGGUCAAGGUCUUAAUGCUCGCAUUGCUCGUGGCUCUGAGCCAGGCGAAGCCCCAGCUGUUGGUCACGACGCCAGUGAGUUAUGCCACCGGAGCGGGUGCCUCCUGGCUGGCUCCCUCCUCCGCCGCCUACUAUCCGGCCUAUGCCAGCUAUCCGGCCUACGCGGCGUAUGCGUAUGCACCGGUUUAUGGCGCAUACGCCACGUAUCCCUACUACUCGUAUCUAGGGCGGUGAGUCCUGCUGCUGUUGGCCAACUGGAAUACUCAGUGAAUUUGUAGGUAUUCCACAUUUUUGUGUACAUUGGUUUUUGUUAAAAGUGCAGUUACUGCAAGCAGUGUGAUUGGAUUUAUAAACGUAACCUGAUUGUAAGAAAUGAAUAACUUUUUUGUUUGGUAAAUAUAAAUUAUUACUUCAACGGAUUGUAAAUGCGUUGGAGGUAUUACUAAUAUAACAUUUGAAGAGUGCCUUGUAAAAUUGCUGUUCUUAAGAUUUAGUAGGCAAAUCUACAGCCUUCUUUUAAAAUUUAAAAUUGGCCCGCCU